CUUGCGAACCACUUAUUGCUGCGCCCGGUUUCUUAUCUGAUAUUGUAAAGUUUAGAAUUUCAUCAUCUCGACAAGCCUUACGCCAUUCAGAAAAAAUGAGUCGUGAUAAAAAUCAGCGAAAGUCACAGGAUUGCGCACCAGUAGGAUGCAGAAGUUCAUUCACUACCGCAUUCAAAAUGGCAGACUACUUUGACGAAUUGGGCUGCGAGCCGAUCACAGCCGAACAAACCCAAAACCACCAGCUGAUGCUGAUGGUUCGCUUCCUGCAGCAAAAUGGAUUUUUCGCCGAUGAGCUAAGCUCAGAAUCGUUGCCACCGCCGGCCAGUAAGGAGCUGGUAAAAAACCUACCAGAGAAGUUGGUAACCCGAGAGGACGAACGCUGUGCGAUCUGCAUCAAACCGAACGAAGAUGUGAACGAACCAUUCCUGGUGCUGCCCUGUAAGCACGAUUUCCACAAGUCCUGUAUCCUGCCUUGGUUGGAGAAAACCAACAGUUGUCCUCUGUGCCGAUUUGAGAUGAAAACUGAUGAUGAAAACUACGAAGAGCAAAAAAAGUUUCGCCAGAGAGCAGUCCAACGAGAGCAGGAAAUAGAGGAGCUCCACAAUUCUAUGUACGGCUGAUUGAAAGUCGCUUUCUGUAGGCUAAAUUAACAAGAUGUCGCCUGGUGGAUGAUGGAGAUCUGCAUUUGGUAUCUAUACGAUGAAGUUUUACCUGUAAAUGGAAAUGUACUAACGGAUGAGUGCAAAUAAAACAUACUAAAUUAGUAAAA